AAACGGCGACGCUCUGAUCUCUUUGUGCCCGUGAACCUGGACAGAAUAUCUCCAUUGCGCUUUACUGGAUCAGCUUAGAAGAUCCAUGAGUUCGUAUCCGUAGUCUAGUCAUUCUGUUGUCGCCUAUCAGGGAUUUGGGGGUAGAAGCCAAAUCGUGAUUAUCGGGGGUCGCUGAAACUUCUCCACAGAUAUAAAACUCUAAUAGAGAUCAGUGUAGAGAUUGUUCACUCACUACAGCAGUUCGAACAGCCUUCUAACGUAUCAUCUCCAAACUCUUACCGUAGUUUCUCCAGGCUACGAUCAGCCAGCAUCGACAGUAUCAACACCUCUGAUCACCGGUCUAUGAGCGACCAAACCUCUGGUUCAUCGAACUCUCCAAAGCCCAUUAGCAGAUACGUUACGCCAGAAGCCUCAACGCAACCUACCACUUCAUCGGCCUCACCUCAAGCCUCCGCAGAAACCUCUCAAGCCACAUCAGGACCGCGAUCCCCGGUCGAAUCCUCAACCUCAGUCAUCUUUGUCCCCGGCUCGCCAUCUCGACACACUUCCGCGGCACAUUCUCCGAUUCCCACCAGCACCAACACAUCAGACAAUCAGCCUCAAGAACCCAUCACGACAGCCAUGUCUUCCUCCUCUUCUUCCCCUGGCAACACGUCUACCGCUGGAUCAGCGUCGGGCUCCAGCAACCCCUCCUAUCAACUCCCUUACGCUCCCUUCCCGUACCCGAUGCCUGCCAACACUCGAGGGUCGGGACAGAAAGAUGACAAAGGCAAUUAGAGUCGCUCUUAUCCCUGGAACUAUUCGAUAUUGUAAGACUGGGCUUGGUGUAUACGGCAGAGGCGCAUGACUACUCUACGAUGAUACGACUUUCUUUUCAUGCCAACACUGGUUCUUGACUUUUGGAUGUAUUUAAUUUAUCGCAUUUCUGAGGUUGGGAAUAUCUUGUUUCUAGCACUCGUUUUUUAUUUAUGGGUGACGCGUAUCCUCUCCUCUCCAUCUAUCUUAAUCAGUGUCAUCAUUCUCUUAGUCAAUUUGUUUCUUCUGUUACUCAAUCGUUCGCUCCUCAUUUGCAUUUACACGGUCGGGUUUCUUCUAUCCUUUUGUAUGGUUUCUGUAUAAGAGGUUGUUUAUCCGCGCGUCUUUCCAAUCUCGAUCAC